AUGUUCCACCAGGUGCAGAUUAGGGAACAAGAUCGUCUCUCUCAAUGCUUCCUUUGGCGCGACAAGCCGAAGGACGAUAUACAAGUUUUCGUUAUGGACGUCGCCACCUUCGGAUCCACGUGUUCGCCAGUCUCAGCCCAGUUCGUUAAGAACCUUAACGCAAAGCAAUUCGCCGAUCGAUAUCCUAGAGCCUACAAAGCAAUAGUAAAGCAUCACUACGUCGACGACUUCUUAGGCAGUUUCGAAUCAACCCAAGAAGCUGUGGAAGUUGUUGAGGAAGUGAAAUACGUUCACUCGAAAGGAGGGUUCGACAUCCGAAACUUCCUCUCAAACUCUUCGGAAGUGAUGGAACGAAUCGGUGUGACACCAACGAAUAGCAAAAAAGAACUUGCAUUAGAAAGAAGUGAAAAUGUGGAAUCUGUUUUGGGAAUGAUGUGGCUGCCCAAAGUCGAUUGUUUCACGUACACAAUAACUCUACGUAGGGAAUUGCUUUCUGUCCUUGAUGAAGAUCGCAUUCCCACAAAGCGAGAAGUACUCAAAGUUAUCAUGAGCCUAUUCGAUCCUCUAGGGCUCAUUUCCUUCUUUCUGAUCCAUGGAAAAAUUAUUAUCCAGGGUAUAAGGGCCUCGGGUACGGAAUGGGACGAGAAAAUUAGCCCAAAUUCAUUUCGCCAAUGGCGGCAGUGGGUGCAAUGCUUCGGUCAACUAGAAAGUCUUCGCAUACCCCGUUGUUACUUUGCUCCAUCCUUAAAUAGCACUCGACAGCUGGAAGCUCAUGUAUUCGUUGAUGCAAGCGAAGCGGCAUACUGCUGCGUCGUCUAUUUUCGGUUACUAGGUGGCAACUGCAUUCAAGUGGCUCUUGUCGGAGCGAAAAGCAAGGUAGCCCCACUGAAGACAUUAUCAAUUCCGCGAUUAGAGCUGAAGGCCGCUGUUCUCGGAGCUCAAUAUCUUAAGACUGUCUUGAAAAAUCACGAGUUUCCAGUGUCACGCACCUAUAUGUGGACAGAUUCGACCACAGUGUUGGCCUGGAUAUUCUCAGACCAUCGUCGGUUCCAGAAAUUUGUUGCAGUCAGAGUGGGAGAAAUCCUCACCCUCAGUGAUCCUCAAGACUGGAGGUGGAUCAACACAAAGCUUAACGUAGCGGAUAAGGCGACAAAGUGGGGAAACGGUCCUGAUUUCCAACAAGCAAAUCCAUGGUUCAGAGGUCCAGCCUUCUUGCAUCAACCCGAAGAGCAUUGGCCUCAGCGCCCUCAGAAUAUUACCACUCAAGAAGAAAUGCGUCCAGUUCAUGUCCACUGGUCACCAGCUCCGCUGAUCGACGUUACUAGGUUCAACCGUUUAGAGAGAAUGCUACGUACAAUUGCUUACGUUCUUCGUUUCAUUUCAAACUUACGUUACAAGCGGAGCGGAAAGAGUUUGAAGAUUUGCUCUCUCGAGCAGGAGGAGUUGCAAAGAGCUGAGGAGACUUUGUGGAAAAUAGCUCAAGGAGAAUGCUUCCCCGUAGAGAUUUCGGUUCUGUCCGCAACUAAAGAGGCACCGAAGAUGCGACGCGCUCGCGUUUCCAAGGCAAGCUCGAUUUACAAAACGUGGUCAUACCUCGACGAAUAUGAAGUUCUUUGUAUGUGGAGCCGUAUUGGUGAUGCAGAGUGCGCAUUGUUUGAGGCCAAGUAUCCUGUUAUUUUACCUAGGCAACAUCUUAUUACGAAUCUUAUCACUGAUUGGUAUCACCGCCGUUUUCGGCACGCUAAUUGGGAGACUGUUGUCAACGAAAUGCGUCAACGAUCUCACUGA